AUGACGACGACUUGUGGCAACAACAGACUGCACAGUCUCCUUCUUGGCAUGGCCUUGCUGUUGCUGCAAUGCGCUAGAAACGUUUGCCAUGCGCAGGAAGUUUGUGGUAUCAACAUUUGUGCUGCGGGUACUCCUUGUUGCAACCCGAGUUGUGGCAUUUGUGGUGAAUAUUGUACCCAGCAGUUCUGCGGCCCCAUGUACUCUUGCUUUUCCAGUCUUAGUACAGUGGACGUGUUGAACCAGGGUCAAACUUCCAUGGCAGAGCUACAAGUGGGCGACCGGGUUCUGACAUCUACGGGCAAGUACAAGUCUGUCUACGCCUUUGGCCAUCACGACACGACAACCCCUACAACGUUUCUAAAAAUCAAAACCUCCCUCUCCGAUGAAAGUUUGGCUGGAAACGCCACAACAAGUAAUGAUCUAGAGAUUUCACCAAGGCAUUAUGUGUAUGCUAGCAAGCGAGACCGUAUCAGGGCCACUAUCGAAUCAUCUGCAAGCCUUGGGUAUAGACCUUUUGCGGCUGAGGAAAUCCGGGUUGGGGAUCUGCUUGAAACCCCAAACGGAAAGGGUGCACGAGUGGUCCAUAUCGAACCCGUGCAACGAAGAGGCAUGUUUGCUCCCUUCAGUACGGAUGGCACUGUUGUUGUGGAUGGAAUCAUUGCUUCGUCGUAUGUUUCAUUGGGCGAAUUGGGCAUCAACCUUCCAUUCGUCGAGGCUACGUCGAUUUCGCACUUGGCCCUAGCACCGUUUCGAUUGCUCUGCACCAAAGUGUCCUCUAGUGCCUGUGAGUACUACAACGAUGACGGCAUCCCCCAUGCUCUUUCACUGCUUUUGAAGUUCUUUCGAGGGAUCUUGAAUACAGGCUCCCAGUGGUUGUAUGGACUGGCGGCUUUGAGCUACCUGGGACUGGCAACCCUAGCUUGGUUGGCUGAAUGUCUUUUGUCUUUUACCGGACUGCUAGUGGUACCGCUAGCUCUGGUGGCAGUAUCAGGCGCUAGCUAG